AUGAGACUAAUCAAGUGGCUAAGGUGUGAAAAAGAUUCCAGGAAAGAACGUCAAACAGUUCUUGCUUUAGCUUAUUUAGGUGCGAGGCUAAGGGACUGUGUUUCUCUCUUUAGUAGAUUUGAGAUAACAUCAGACCACAUUGAUCAGCUUUCUAUUGCCUGUCAUGAGUAUUUUAAAGUACAUUCAUUGUUGUUGCCAAGUUCUGUAAAUCCUACUGUCUGGACAUUGGGUCACAUUGUCUCGGCUCAUUGUCGUCAAGUGCUUGAAAAGUAUGGCCAGGGGUUGGGGUUGGUAACCAUGGAAGGACGAGAAGCGAAGCAUAUUUUUCUUAAAAAAUUAGGUGAAAAUACAACAUAUCAAAACAGAUGGGUUGAAAUAUUUAGACAUGAAUAUGUGAUGCUGAUUUGGCUACCUCAGCAAGGUUUUCAGCAGCCAGAAGCUGCAUGCAAAAAUGUAGCCUACAUCCCAGAGAGGGUAUUCAAUGAUCCAUCUUAUUGCUAUUGUGGUCUGUUAAAGGCAUGUCCUGAGGAUGCUAAGUGCUGUGUCUGUGGAGACCCAAUCAUGAAAUUUAUUGAGCAAAGUGUAAAGGACGGAAGGAUUGCUCCACAGCUUUUGUAA